AUGACCUCCCUGGAACAAAGCCAUGUUGAGUGUCUGAAGUGGUUACCAGCGGACAUAUGCUCCACAAGUGCAUCCCGGAUGAUAGCUACCAUCGUCUUCCCAACCACCGAAGGUUUGUAUGCAGGCAUGUUUGAGGAGAUCCUAAGUUACAUCUACUCUGGAACCCUCCAUGUGUCCCUGGACAAAGUGCAGCCCCUGUAUCAGGCAGCCGACCUCCUCCAACUGGACUAUGUGAGAGACACCUGCAGCAGCUACAUGGCCAUGAACGUGGAGCGCUCCACCUGUGUGGACCUGUACAAGUUUGCUGAUGUCUUCUCGGUGGACAGUGUCCGGAAAGCGUGUCUGCGCGGGAUUGCCAGACACUUUACUGAGGUUGUCUCCAGCCAGGAUUUCUGCAGCCUGAGUGUGAAUCAGCUGACUGAGAUCAUCAGCCACGAUGCACUGGAUGUUGAAGAGGAGACAACAGUGUGGGAGGCUGUGGUGAGAUGGGUGCAGCACAGUAGGGAGGACAGAAUGCACCACCUACCCAGCAUCCUUCCUUACAUCCGAUUCAGCCUGCUGACCUCAGAUGACAUGGCAGCCAUCUUGGAACACUCCCUGAUCAGGGACGACCCUGGGAUUUCUAAGUUCAUCAGGACUGAGGUACGGAAAGAUAACCCCGACCUGAAAUCGAGGCUCGGGAUGACCACGGAAAUGGUUCUGAUGUACAAUCCGACCUGGAGGCACCAUGAUAUCUUCUUAAUGAACCCUCGUGAAGAGAAGUACAUCAACUGCAGUUACAGCGAAGAAGACAUUCCCCGUUUCACGGACAUUACAGUCACCAGUGAUAACGACAUCUAUGUCCUUGAAACAAAAGAGGCAGUGAAUGACCAUCAGGUGUCCCUGUUUAGAUACAACAAUAAACAAAACAUGUGGGAACAAGUAGGUGUGUCCUUAAUAUGUAAAGAACACUAUGACUUCAAGUUCCUCAAGCAACUACUUGUUGAAGUUGAUCAGAUUUUGUAUUACCUUGCUGUUGAUCGAAAUGGAGGCCGACCUUUGUUGCAGACGAGAAAGUACAACCAGCAAGCAACACAAUGGUUGGAGUGUUCAUCGCUUCAAUUCGACGAAACUAUUAAAAACCGUGGAUCCUUCUUUGCAUUGUCCUGUGGUUCACACAUCUAUUUCUUCACAAAUGAGACAUUGCAUCGCUACGACCCGGGACAGGAUCAGUGGAGCAAGCGGACCCCACCAAUGGACAUCGCCAAAGUCUGUACAGCUGUUGCCAUGGGAACAGAGAUUUUCUGCACAGAUCGUAACUUCACUCAGACUCUGGUGUACGACACAGAGUCAGACUGCUGGCAGAAACUGCCGGGCUGGCCGAACCCAGAAAACUUUGUUGUUAAUCAUCAUCCCAGUCUUAUUGUACUGGAGAACCAGCUCCACAUAUUGUUGACCUGUACUGUUGACCUACAGGAAGGUAUCGUAUAUUUGGUAUAUGUAUAUGACAGGUCUGCUGAUGCCUGGAUAGACUUGAAAGCAAAUGUGCCUGAUGAUAUAAGAUGUUGUGCGUAUGGUCCAUGUUGCCCUGUGGCACGUAUAUACCUGCCAUAUCUUACAUAUUAAAAAAAAAAAACAUAAUGUCUUAUGCUUUUCAGUGUUGAUGUUGAUAAGGACACAAAAUACAGGGUAGGACUGAUUAACUGCAUUUUCUAUACAUCAGUUUAUUUUAGAAUACAAUGUGAUAAAAGUCACGUGCAGUCCAGGCAGACGACAAGUAACUGUCUGCCAACCAUUAUCUUCUGAUACAUACAUUUGUAUGGAUGCCAACAACAACGUUAAAGCUGUUGUAUUGCAUAUUGUACUUUAGUAAAAGUUUACAAAUAUUAUUCCUUCUAAUGAUAUUGGUUCCAUAGUAGGCCUUGGAUGAAGGUAACCUGUAAGCCAAACUAACCUUGGAAGGUUAGAUCUACCUUGCUAUUUAGAUCUGGUGAUUAUUUAGCCUAGUAAUAGUUUGCUACCCAUCUGGGGGACUGUACAUUAAAAUUGGUGGUGAUGCCAGUUAAUGAGCAAAUUAAGAAAUGGGUUCUAGAGUGCUCGUUCGGUAACAACAGCCUCUUCUGCAAUCGGGCGAAGGGUGUUUCGGGUGUUGGAAAGCCUGGUCGAACAAUUGCACCUAUUCCUUAAUUCGCUAAUGUAUUGAGAUCAAUCAGCGCCCUCGACCAAAUUUGGACGAUCCAAAAGUUAGAGAUGUCAAGGUUCCCAGACGGAAUAGCAAAGAAGCGACUGUAUAUAGUGUGUAAUAAAAGUUGGAACUAGAAGGGACAGUAUGUAGUGUAUAAACAUCGGAGCGAACUGGUAUCCCGAAGGUCCUCGGGCUAGUGAUGAGUGGCUAAUGAUCUCGAGAGAUAAUGUCACGACUGGUACUGUUACACUAUGUGGAUUAGUGGUGUUGAACUAUCUAACCUUUAAC